GAGGAGCUGGAGGAGGAGGAGGAGAAGGGAAACGGCGGCGGCCCGGCGAGGCCGACCGGCAGGAGGCGGCGGGCCGCACUGGGGUGGGGGCGCGGAGCGGCUGAGACAGCGCCGAGCAGCCGGGAGGGGCGGCGGCCACGGCAGCCAGGGCCUGGGCCGCGCUCCAGCCUUGCCGGCCGGGGUGACUAGGUCCUGGAAUAAACUACAAGCAAUAUUGUGUAAUCUCCAUUCCUCAAGUAACAACUUAAAAUUGGAUCACCAGUUGCUGAAAUACUGCCUUAUUUUUUAAACUUCUAGCUGGACUGGCCAUAAUGGAGGAGGAACUGCAGCAUUCACAUUGUGUGAAUUGUGUCAGUAGACGGUGUAUGACCAGACCAGAGCCUGGGAUUUCCUGUGACUUGAUUGGUUGUCCAUUGGUUUGUGGAGCAGUUUUCCAUUCUUGUAAAGCUGAUGAGCAUCGACUUUUGUGUCCAUUUGAACGAGUGCCUUGCUUAAAUAGUGACUUUGGAUGUCCAUUCACAAUGGCUCGAAAUAAAGUUGCUGAACAUCUAGAAACGUGUCCUGCAAGUGUAGUAUGCUGUACUAUGGAGUGGAACCGAUGGCCAGUUAGUUAUGCAGACCGGAAAUCAUAUGAAAAUCUAAGCAAAGAUGUUGAUGAGGUGGCACAAUUAGAUAUGGCCUUGGCUCUUCAAGACCAAAGGAUGCUCUUAGAAUCUCUCAAAGUAGCCACCAUGAUGUCAAAAGCGACUGAUAAAGUAUCAGAACCUAGAGAACAAAUCUCAGUUAAGUCAAGUGUUCCAGAAAUACCACAUACUAAUGGUUUGUUGUCUGUUGAUGAAGAAUCUUAUGGUGCACUUUAUCAAGCUACUGUAGAAACAACCAGAAGUUUGGCUGCUGCUUUAGAUAUCCUGAAUACCGCCACAAGAGACAUUGCCAUGUUAAGUACAAGUCUUCGUGCUUCUCCAAAUGAAAUGAAUGAAGAACAAAAUGCCAGGGAAAACUUACAGAAUAGAAUGUUGAAAGACCAGGACCAUCUUUACGAGGAUGAGUUGGGAGCAGUAGGUGGAAUUGACCAUAAUCAUACAAGUCAUAACACCCAGUCUGAACAAAAUGGUUCAAGUGAUUUACUGUGUGACUUGAAUACCAGUUCUUAUGGCACUUCUCCUCUUUGUAAUGGCUUUCCUUUGGAGGAUGUAUGUACACAGGUCAUAGACCAGAACCAAAAUAUACAUGAUGAUUCAAAACAAAGUGACUUAACAAAUGGAGAAUGUAUAGCAUCAGAUGACACUUUACAACCUUCCAGUUCACUUUCAGUAGCAGCACAACUUAGGGAAGUCAUACCAGCUAGUGCUUUGCCUAAUGGCACAGUUCAGCAUAUCCUCAUGCCAGAUGAUGAAAGUGAAGGAGAAUUGUGUUGGAGGAAAGUAGACUUAGGGGACUUGAAGCAUUUGGAUGUCUUAUCUUUCAGUCAUCCUCCUCCAUUCAAAUUUCUGUCUAAUUCAUGUUGGUCUAAACCAAAGGAAGAUAAAGCAGUAGAUACAUCAGAUCUGGAAGUUGCAGAAGAUCCAAUGGGCCUCCAAGGAAUUGAUCUAAUCACAGCAGCGUUACUAUUUUGUCUAGGAGAUUCUCCAGGUGGGAGGGGUAUAUCUGAUAGUCGCCUGGUUGAUGUUUAUCACAUUGACUUUGGGACUCAAACUUUUUCGCUUCCAUCUGCAAUAUUAGCUACAAAUACAAUGGUUGGGGAAAUAGCCUCAGCUUCAGCUUGUGAUCAUGCCAACCCACAGCUUUCAAAUCCAAGUCCUUUUCAGACACUUGGGCUGGAUUUAGUAUUGGAAUGUGUUGCUAGGUACCAACCCAAGCAGCGUUCAAUGUUUACAUUUGUUUGUGGACAAUUAUUUAGAAGAAAAGAAUUUUCUUCACAUUUUAAGAAUGUGCAUGGUGACAUUCAUGCUGGACUCAAUGGCUGGAUGGAACAGAGGUGUCCUUUAGCAUAUUAUGGUUGUACCUAUUCUCAGCGUAGAUUUUGUCCAUCCACACAAGGAGCAAAGAUUAUACAUGACCGCCAUUUGAGGUCAUUUGGAGUUCAGCCAUGUGUAUCUACAGUAUUAGUAGAGCCUGCUAGUAACUGUGUGUUGGGAUUAUAUAGUGACCAUCUAAGUGGUCUUCCUUUUGAGGUUCUGCAACAUAUUGCAGGCUUUCUUGAUGGCUUCAGUUUAUGCCAGCUCUCAUGUGUAUCCAGGUUAAUGAGGGAUGUCUGUGGCAGUCUGCUUCAGUCUCGUGGAAUGGUCAUACUGCAGUGGGGGAAAAGGAAGUAUCCAGAAGGAAAUUCAUCGUGGCAGAUAAAAGAAAAGGUGUGGCGAUUCAGUACUGCAUUUUGUUCUGUUAAUGAAUGGAAAUUUGCUGACAUCCUAAGCAUGGCUGACCACUUGAAGAAAUGCAGUUAUAAUAUUGUAGAGAAACGGGAGGAAGCAAUUCCACUGCCAUGUAUGUGUGUGACACGAGAACUCACUAAAGAAGGACGUUCACUUCGUUCAGUUUUAAAACCUGUACUUUAAAACCACAACUCCACUUGUGCAUACAUGCAAGCACCUCGUAUACUUUUUUGUAAUAUGUGACUUUAUUAAUGUAUUAAAGAUUUCAGCUAGCUAAAUUUAUUGUCACUAUGUAUAUAACAUUUUGAAGUGACAUAUAUUUUUAUAAAGUACUGUUUAUUUGGAAAAAGUUGCCUUAAUGUUUGAAAUGUGUGAAAUUUUUGGAACUUGCUGGACAGGGUGAUUUAGCUUUUAGCUACAUAAUUUUCAGAAUUCAUAUUUUUAAUGGUGUGCAUAUUUUGGUUCUUAAAUUUUUUGCUUCUUAAACUAACCAGAUCCCCACCAAACAAUUUAUUCCUCACAUUUUCUGUGGGUUGCAAUCCAUGCAUUCAAAAAGCAAAACUUUGAGUAAAAUUGUUAUAACAUAAGUUUCUUGGGAAAAAACAUCCAGUUGCUUAAGCACUGCCAUAAGAUCAUUAUAAAGAUUUUAUUUUCUAGUGCCCUCCUUAUAUAAUUGUUGAUAUGUAGAUCACUAAUAUAUAACGUAAUAUUUAAAAUCAUGACUGACGUUUGGUAAUGUCAUUUACCAUGUUUUAAAAAUAAUCCACAGAAACGUUUUCACCUUAGGUAUUUACAACUCUCGUACAAAGAGUACCACAUGCAGUUUUCUUUCUUGUUGCCCUCCACAUCCAAAGACACAUGGCAUGUACCAUAAGGCAGGGUAAAUCAAAAACAAACAAAAAGCCUGUGGGUUUAUUUUAAUUUUAAACUGCUUGUGUUAUUAUAUAUUUGCCAGGCAUUUGAUAUUUGGAGAGGAAAAUAUACCUCAUUUUAAGUUUGAAUUGGACAUAUUGUGUGAAUAAUCAAAUAGAAUGCAAAGGGCUUAACUUGUUUUCAUAAACAUUUAAAAUUUUUGCUUGAUGUUUAUAAAAAUCACAACCAUUUUAAGACAUUUAAAAAUGUGAAAUUUGGUUAUCUUUGUAACAUGACAAUCAUGAAAAUGCAGAAACCUGUCUUGGUUGACAAUCUCUUUAAAACAUUUCCAGGUUAAUUUCCCCUAGAUUUCUCCACCAAAAUGGGUAAGAAUUGCAUCUUUGUAUAAAGAUCAAGUUACAACAAAAAUAUUCAAAGACCUAUUUUUUUUUUUUUGGUAUCAUUAAUGUACAAUUACAUGAGCAACAUUAUGGGUACUAGACUCCCCCCGUUAUCAAAGUCCCCACCACACACCCCACCACAGUCACUGUCAAAGACCUAUUCUUGAAAUAUUUUAUUAUAGUUUUCAAAUUGAUUCAUACUAUUACUAACUUGAUGUGGUCAGUUUAAAAAAAUGACUAUAUCAGUAUUUAGAAAUAAAUCCAAGUGAUGAGGGUAUGCACUUAAAUAAUUUAAGUACCUCUGGCAUUUGGCAGUGUGAAAAGUUGACAAGUUACUGUGUUUUAAAAUGUCAAAACUUUGUGUGUCUUCUCGUCCUACAUUUGUCCCUGGGAGUGCUCUAUUGUUACUAGGUUCUUGAUUCCCAUAUACUGCAGUCAGACUGGGCAAAAGAGUUCUUGGGCAUUAGAAAAUAAUUCUGAAUUGCAUAACACUUCAUUGGAUCAAGUUCUUAUUGCAGUUGAAAAAUACAGCAUUAAAAACUAAUGAGUUGUUUUGUCUCACCUUCAUUUUAAUUAGUAGAAUACUUAUUUCCCAGUGCUUAAACUUUAUUUUUCAACUGUGAGAUUGAAAUUACAUAAACAGUGUCUAUUUCUGUGAAAAAAAUCAGAAAUAAAGUAUCAAAUACUAUAAAAUAUAAUGCUACCUUUUAAAGUUUUGCUGAAGGAUGUGUCUGGUUAGGACAGCACAAACAUUAACUCUUUGUUUUAUGGUUGUGCCUUUUUAUAUCCUUGGGUUUUAAGUCUAGACUUAUUUUUCCCACACUGCAUCAUGCUGUAGUUAACAUUUUCCCACCUUAUAUUUCUUUUACACAUCUUUGGGUGUUUUUUGUUUUGUUUGUUAUGCCGCCAUAAUAGUUUAUCAAAAUGUUUUCUUUGUGCAACAUCUGUUCAAAUUCUAAUAAAAUUAAUAUUUCCUCUUUAUAUGGCUCAGUAACUUAAAAAGAAGAGCGCUUUCAUUUAAAUAAAAUUUUAGUACUUGUUUGACAAAUUCCAAACGCAGUCAUUGUUUUUAUAGUGUGGGUUUUCUGCAUGCUUUAGGUGUUGAUGAUCAUUGCUUACCCAUGUUUUACUGGUGAGCAUUAGGAUUUUUUUCCUAAUUUGGAGAACUCAUUACUUAGCUUUUUGUGCCCCUUUAGUGUGUUCUUGAAAGUAGGCCCACCAAGGUGUGUUGAAAGGUGGAAAAUUCUGGCGGUAUUAUAUUUCUUAAACUUGGAACAGUUUAGCCUUUUAGGCAUGACAAGCUUUGUAUGCUGGUGAGGUAAUUUGUCAUUUGAGAAGUCUUUGUUGAUUCCUUAGUCUUUGCUAAGCCAGCAGGAUGAAGGGACGGAUAAUCCAAGCUAUCAGGAAGGAGGGAAAUCGCUGCCUCCUUCCCCACAACUGCCUGUAGCUUAGUGUCCCUUCUACCGGGUUCUCUGUCUCAUUUGGUCUUUUGAGGUGCACAGAUCACUUGUAGUUGUCGUUCCCAAAGUGUGGUCCCUGGACCAGUAGCAUCAGCAUCCCUGGGAGUUUGUUUUGCAUCGCUGCAGACUGGUGGGCACUAGAAUUAAACUCUGGGGUGGGAACAAGCAAUUUGUUUUAACAAAGGCCUUCAGAUGAUUCUGAUGCACAGAAAGGUCUGAGAACUUAGAGGGCAGCCUGGGAUAUGCCAGCUGUGCUCCUGAAUGGGAGUGGGUAUAUUUGUGUAUAUACAUAAAUGUGUGAUCCAAAAGUAAGACUAUUAGUAAUUUAUUAUUAAUUAAUGGCUAAGUUAAAUGAUAUGUAUUGUCUCAAUCUUAGAGCCAUAUGACAAAAUACAUUGGAUACCAUGGCACAUUUUUUUAAAAACUAGUAUUUUACUAGUAUUUUAAAUUUACUGUUACUGCUAGUAUUUCACUAGUGUUUCUUCUGUUCAAGGUAAAUUGCAGUGCAACUUAUAGUUCAUUAGCACUAACAAUCUAGCCUAGUCAUCAUUCAUUCUCUGUUUAGUGGUUGCUGAGUCAUGUGAACAUAAUUAGAUUUCUAGGAUAAGCAAAGAGAGUAGAACUAGACAAAUACUGGAUUAAAUACUACAAAAAUAUUUGUAGAGAUUCUUUCAACCCUAUCAGUAUUAGGUAUUAAAGGUUGAGUUUUUGGUUUGUCAGUAGUAUAGAAUCUUAUCUAGUUUUUAACCUUGUGCUACAUAUACCAUUAAUGUUGAUGCUGUUAUUAACUAUCCCAUAACACUGGAUGUUGGGAUCUUAUUAACUGUUGAAGAUAAUGGGAUUUUUAACAAAACUUCUAUAUCCCAUUAAGAUAUGGUAGUUUAUGUUACUAUGAUAAUAGUUUUUUACUCUGGCAGUUUGAAUGUAGUUUUUGAUGUUUAGAAGUAAAACAGAUUUUGUAUGUAAAAGUAGAUGGAUAGUUUUUAAAAUGUUGUAGGGAAUAGUUAUGCAAACAUUAAAAAAUGUGUUUGUUUUCAUGCAUGACACACCACAUUGGAAGGUGAUGUGACUGGAAUCUGCAAAGGUGGGUGUUUAGAAUUGCGGUAGAAAGAAAGCAUUUGACCCUCAUUCUCCCAGAAGACAGGACAAAGCCUUUUGAUAGAAAGAAUUUCUCAGAUAUGUGUUUGGCUGGUUAUGAAAGUGCUGCCUAAGUAGUCUUACUUAACAUGCUCCUGAGGCCUAGGAAGCAAGAGAAUAUUAGUUAUUCCUUUAAAGAAAAUCAGCUCAUCAGUGACUCAUCAAUUGUGUUUAAAAUAGUUCAGUGAUGGGUUUUUUUAGUUGACCUAAAUCAGAUUUCCAAACAAAAAGUUCAAGAUGUGUAAGUGAAGGCCAACUCUAGUAAACCCCUUCCUGAAUAAGGGAAGAGGAAAGAUAGUUUCUUUUUAGUCAUCUGUCACACAAUUAUUUUCUUUGAUUUAAAUGAUCAAGGUAAGUUCAAAAGUUAAAUCCCUUCAAGUUUAUAUUUUAUGGAUGAGAAUACUGAGGUACUCAAAGUUUAGGUACUGAGGAGUUACAUGGGAGUAUUCGAGAGAAAUGUGCAUAGUUUACUUUUCUACUUUACAAUUGCAGAAAGAGAAGGGACAUUUAGAUAUAAGGAAAUUACUUUGGAAAUAUUACUUUGGAAAAAAUUACUGUCUAGAAUAUUUAAUUCCAAAUAGGUGUUUUGGAAAGAAUUAUUGGCUAAUACCAAAAGGAAACAAAGUAGAAAUUAAGCAUGGUAUGUUGCUCUGAAAAUCCUUUGCAAAAACUAGGGUCUUUUGCCGAAUUUUUCAAGUAUUUUAUUCUAUCUGUGGUUGAUAAAAUUCUAUAAAUUUGUUGUUUAUAUUUAUUUGCAUAUAUGAUCUCCA